UGCAUUAUGUUAAUAUAACGCGAAAGAGGGUUAUUUUGGCGAAAUAACGGCUCUGGUUGGCUUGAGCCCGUUUUUGUUGUGAUUUCCAUGUGAAGUGAGAUUGCUGCUGUCUUUGGCUAGUUGGCUAACACUUGAUAACUCUUGUUUCUCGGGAACAAAAACCAUGGAUAACUAUGAGGAGAAUUUGGGACUCCGAGCAAGUAAAUUAAUAGAGGAUCUUUCAAUGUAUGAAACGUAUACAGAUGGGGUUUACAGUGCAAGAAGAGACAUGGUCAUUAGCACAGAUUUGGAAUUUUCGACUCAAAUGAUUCCCGAGCAGAAAACUAAAAGAAUCAAUGGUUGUUCUGUACUGCAUCAGCUGCCCCAUACCGUUGAAAACUACUCUUCGGGGAAUAAAGUUUACAUUGCGGCUUCUGUGCGUCCAGUGAAUGGAAACCGACCUCUUCACGAAGAUUUCUGCAGCCCUCAAAGAGAUGCAGUGUAUUGUGAAGAUGGCCAUUGCACCAAAUCCGAAGUUGCCUUACCGUGCUACAGCGGCGCUUCCGAGCGGCAUCGGAGGUACUCUGUGGAGGUGCAGCCUUAUAGAUACAGCACCGGUAGCGCGUAUGAUGCGGUGGUGGUCAGCAAACAAGGAGCUUCUCCUCCUUUCCCCGGCAACAGAAGCAACAGUGUCUGCAUUAGCACCAAUCAAGACGGCAGGUACAAUGUAACCAGCCCCCGUUCGAGUUUAGCGUUUUCUGUGUACUCUCAGGAGCAGAGCAAGCAUCCAAGCCCGCGGUCUAGUAUCAGCAGCCCUCGGACUAGUCUGGUGGUACCCGGUCAAGAAAAAUACAGUCCCAGAUCCAGUUUGGCGCAGUAUGACGGGAACUGUACGCUUAGCUCAAGGUCCAGCUAUGCAAGCACAGCCAGCGACACUAGUAAACAUUCCAGUCCAAGGACCAGUUUGAACAGCUAUGACUGCGGGAGUAAAACCAGUAGCAACCGUACAAGUGGCAUUAGCAUGGGGUACGACCAAAGGCAUAUCAGCCCGAGGUCGAGCACGGCUAGUCAGUACUCUUGUACCGCUAGUCCACGUUCUAGUUACUCGGAUUCUCGGUACAUGCCGACUGGAAGUCAUGAAUUGGAGGGCUCAAUGGUACACGGCAUUGCUGUAGCUAGCCCACAGGACAGUGGCGUUAGACCCGGGGUCCCGGCAAAUUGCGUGUUGAGCCCUCGCUCCAGCAUUUCUAGCCACAGUUCUAGAAGUUCCCGCAGUUCACGGGGAUCCAUGAGCACAUACCCGGAACUGCAGCUGCCCUCGCCUAGGUCGUCGAUGCUGGCAUCUGGUUUACAAGAAGGUGCAGUAAUACAAGAUUUCGGAGACACCAGUUGUCUUCACAACAGGACCAACCUCCUUCUUUCGUCCCCGGCAAUACAAGAAUCGCAACAACUACAACAACAGACGACUCAGCUUGUAUUAAACCCAGAAGUUACGCCGGGCCUACCAGCAUCUUUUAAUAACAGUAACCCCAUGAAAAAUUCGGCCUCGGCUCAGAAAUUUAUGUUGCCUUACCAAGUUACCCCGUGCCGGGAGAGUGGCCCCAGCCAAGCCGAAAAAAGGCUAGAGGCGCUCACACUUGAGCUGGAGAAGGAGCUAGAAAUGCACAUGAAAAAAGAAUACUUCGGUAAGUGUAAUCACUAA